ACCUCACAGCAAGGUAAUGAAUCAAAUAAAACCUAUGGAAAAUGCUCACACAUUCUGACUUCUUAUUUGCUGCUACAUCAACACAUUACUUUCUUACAUGAAAUGAACCAAGGAGUAGCAUAUGCACUGUACCGGAUGUUGCUGGUUGGUCGUUGCCGCCGGCAGACGAACUGCGUGCGGCGUGCGAAUAAUCGGUGGAGGGUGUAGAGUGUAGUGUAGACAUCAAAAUAAACUAGCGUUGCUGGUCAUUAUUGGUUGUUGAAUGGAAAAUAAGUCUGAAUUGUGCCAUGGACGGUAAAGAAAUAAAACGCGUUUUAAAAGAAGCGAAGGAGGCGAUAAAAAGUAAAGACACGAAGACAGCUAUUAAGUUAUGCAAGUCAGUGUUGAAGGACGACAGAGACAACUAUGUGGCCCUGGUACUGUUUGGAGCCUCACUUCAGGAAUCUGAUCAGCAUGAAGAGGCUCCCAAGGCAUAUAAAAAAGCAAGUGAAGUGUCACCAGACCAACCGCUUGCUUGGCAAGGUUUAGUAUCUUACUAUGAAAAACAUAAAAAGAAUAUAAAAUCAGAAUUUGAAGGUGAUGUCUUAAGAGCUUAUGCCUAUCUAUUACCUCAGGAGAUUGACGGUACUAAAAAGCAUGAGAUGGCUAUGAAACUCUCUGAACUUGCAAUAAAAUUGCAAUCUUCUGAAGAAUGCUUGUCCCUCCUUCCUAAGCUGCAAAGUGACAUGCUACCAGUAAGCGAGAUACGAAGGUGUUUCUUGAAAGCACUUUUCCAAAUGAAAGAUUUGAAAGAGACUGACUCAAUUGUGAUUCAGAAGGCGUUGGAACAAGUUGUCCUAGAUUGGAGAGAGAACCCAAAGGGCAAUGAUUAUGACAUUCAAGAAUUUUAUCGUCAGUACCUGAAACAUCUGUAUCGAAGUAAAGAUUAUGAAAAGCUCUUCAAGGAAGCAAAGUUGAUGGCUGAAACAUUUAGUAAAGAUCCAUACCCUUUGGAAUGGAUCUGUAAGCUGUGGGUAGAAUUUGUAGCAGAGGGGAAAGAUAUUGGUUUCAUCAAGGAUACUAUUGAGAAAUAUGUUAACACCUUAGAGAUUGUUUGUCCAGCUGCAAGUUCUGUCAGUAUGGCAAAGGGAGCAAUGCAUUUUUGUCGCUCUGAACUUGUAAAAGCACGAGAAGAACUUAAUAAAGCCUUGACAAGUGGGCAGUCUCCGUGGCAUGUGUACUUGCUGCUUGCUGAUGUUGAGUUGAAGUUUGGACUGCCGCAAGAAGCUCUUUCUCUUUUAUCAGAGGCUAAAAUGAGAGUCAAGCAACUAUCAACCAACCAGGAGUAUGUCUUAAAAAGGUGUGAGGCGGAAACUCUAAUUGGAACACUUCAACAAGAAAAUUUAAAUAGAGCAGCUCAACUUUGCAAAGAGCUUUUGUCUGAAAAAAAUACAGAUGUAGCUGUUCACUUACUUUAUGCAAGAGCCUGUGUACAACUUAAGAAUUUUGAAGAGGCUCAAAAACAAUUCAUAGAAAUUGGGACUUCAAAGACAUGCUCAGCUAAAGUAACACUGCUUCAUGCUCAAAUACUUUGUCUUUCAGGGCAGAGUGAUAAAGCUGCUUUUGUUUUAGAGUCAAUUGCCUCUGAUGCAAAAGAUGCUGAAAUUUGGUUAGCUCUUGCCCGACUGCAUGGGAACUCUGGAAAACAAAACAAUGUCUUGACAGAUUUGAUGGAGGCAGCACGUUGUGAACCAUUCUACUGGGAAACAUUUAUGCUCUUGGGUAACCAGUAUAAAAAAAUAUCGACACCGGCUUCUUUGGACAAAGCAAGAAGAUGUUAUCAGAAAGCAUUGCAGCUCAACCCAAAAUCUCUUCAAAUUGCUAAGCAUCUCAGCGAUGUGUUACUGCAACUACAUGAUGUUGAAAGUAACAUUCAAUUAUUGGAUAUGAUGACUCAGACAAGUAAUGAAAAGUGGAUUUGGCUCCGUUUAGGUCUUUUACAUUCAGAGUGUGGAGAGGUUGAGAAAGCAAUCAACUUCCUUUGUAAUGCUGUUCGCAGUGAUCCCUCUGAUUGUCGGAUUUGGGAAAGCCUUGGUGAUGCAUACAUGCUGCGGGGAUCUUGGCACGCCGCAUUAAAGUCUUUUAUGAAAGUGAAGCAGUUGUCACCAGAAAAUAUAUAUGCUGCAUAUCAGAUAGGAACAGUAAAACUGCGUAUGGAAGAAUUUGAGGAUGCUCUCAUUGCCUUCAGGCAACUCAUAGAGCUAUCUGAGGAUUAUGUGCCAGGCUUGCAGGGACAAGGAGAAGCUGCAUUCCGCUGGGCACAAGUUUUACGGCAAGAACAGCGCAUUGGCUGUGCCAAGGACCGCUGUCAGGAGGCUAUUGAUGCUUUUACAAAAGUUCUGAAUAAAAGACAGGAUUUGUCAUGCACUUGGAAAUUAUUAGGUGACACUUGUCUGUUAGGAGCCAAAUUACCGCCUUUUUAUGCUAGUUUUCAUGUUACGGCAUGGAUUGUUUGUCCUAGUGCAAGCUCUAAUAGAAGAGAGACUUCAUUACAAAGGAAAAUGGACAUGUUUCUAUUAGCAGAGAGGAUGUACUGCCGAGCUAUGUCAAUAAGUCAGGACAGUAGUCUGAUAUGGCACGAUUUAGCAUCAACAAACUUCUGGCAUGCAAUGGCUGUUCAGAAGUCUAAUAAACGAAAUGAACUUUUACAACGAGCUAUGACAGGAGCCCGCCAAGCAGUAACGCUAAACCCCAAAAAUGCCAUGCACUGGAAUCUUCUUGGGGUAGUUGCUGCAACAGAAGAAAUUAAGAAAUGGGCUGUGGCACAACACGCGUUUAUUCAGUCAAUUCUCCUCGAUAAUUCUAGUCCAUUGGCUUGGACAAAUUUAGGUACACUCUACCUUAUGAUAGGAGAUAUACAAUUAGCCAACAAAGCUUUUUCAGCUGCACAGAGGGUGGACCAUAGCUACACAAGAUGUUGGGUGGGUCAGGCCAUGAUUGCAGAGACGAUGGACCACCAUGAAACUCUAGAUUUGUUUAGACAUGCUGCAUCUUUGGAGUAUCAUCAUGAAAGUUGUUCUGGUUAUGCACAUUGGGUUUUAACAACACUUUUAAACAAUGAAAAACUAUCAAAAAUUGAUAAUGGAGAGGAGAUUAUGGUCAUUAAAGACAUGAAAAGCAUGUAUGCAUUGGAAGUGGCUGCUGAUUGUAUGAAGUGGUACACAGAGCGGCAUGCCUCUAAUCCCUGUGGUUGGAAUAUGUUAGGGCUGUUACUUGAGAGGCAAAGAUUGUUCCAAAGUUCUCAGAGGGCAUUUCAAAGAGGUCUUGAAGAAGCCAUACUCCAAGGUUCAGAUUCAGUCCCCAUGAAUGCCAUCCGUUGCAAUUUAGGUCGAAUACUAGUUAAUCUGAAAGAUUAUGAAAAGGCUGUUGAUAUUUUACAACAAGUUACUGUUCCUAGUUUUGCGUCCCAAUCAGGACUCGCCCUAGCUCUUUAUAAAGCUGAAAAAUUUGAGGAGGCCUAUGGAGCUUAUAGCUCAGCUCUGGAGUGGCUUGCACCAGAUGAAGAAACAAAAGCUCUCAUUCUCAUGGCAAUGGCAGCUAUGCAGUACAGUUUCGGUCAGUUGGAAGAUUGCAAAACUUUGUUAUUCCAAAGCAUACAACCAAGGCCCCUCUCUGCCCAUCCUCUUCUUGCUCUAUGUGCAAUUGGUCUGCUGAACCAAGACAUCACCAUGUCAAAAAUUAUGCUCAAAGAACUGGGGCAGUUUAAGGAUGACCCAAGGUACAUAGCGCACAUUGGGCUCCUUGCAUCAUAUACUGCAUUCAUUCAGAACGACCAGACAGGAGCACUGCGAGCUCUCAGCAAAGCUAUACAUCGUCAUCCAGGAGAAGGGGGAUUGUGGCUGGCUCUCUCGCAAGUUCAGAUGCAUGCUCAUCCCAAUUGUGAUGCUGCAGCAAUUCGACGUACAGCCCAAGCUGCUAUUGAUUUGGGAAGGGGCAACAUGGAUAUAACAAAGAUUCAAUCCAUAAUUAGUGUGGCACACUUACUCUCUAAUGAUGUGGAAUCAGCUUCCAUAAGCUCUCAGAAAGCUCUCCAUCAGUAUCCUAACAUUGCUGAGAACUGGGCAACAUUUGUUGCAUCAGUACUACCAAAGGAUAAAAGUUCAACGCAGGCUGCAAAGCUCCGUGACACCAUAAGCCAUGUCCGGCGCCGACUUCAGCCGUCAGCUGGAGGCCUAAAGAAAUGGCUUGGGAACUGUGAACACCACCUCGCCAGUUUAUCUUCCCCAUAAAUUACGGAAGCUUAAUCAAAUGUGAUCGACUUUUUCUAUCUGUGUGUUUAAUUUUAAUCUUGUUAAGAUUUACAUGAAUUCUCUAGCUAUCACUAAUCAAUUUAUACAUUGC